CCAGAUCCGAGCCACAUCCGCAACCUAUACCACAGCUCACAGCAACACCGGAUCCUUAACCCACUGAGAAACGCCAGGGAUCGAACCACGUACUCAUGGAUACUAGCUGGGUUCAUUGCCUCUGUGCCAUUUCGGGAGCUCCCCUCGUUGCAGUUUUGAUUUGCACUUCUCUAAUGAUCAGGAGUGUUGAGCAGCUCUUCAUGUGCCUAUGGGCCCUCGGUAUGUCGUCUUUGGAGAAAUGUCUUUUUAGGGCUUUUGCCCGUUUUUUGCUACUGAGGUGUAUGAGCUAUUUGUAUAUUUUAGAAGUUAAGUCAUUGUCAGUUGAGUCAUUUGCAAAUAUUUUCUUCCAGUCAUUGGGUUGUCUUUUUGUUCUGUUGAUGGUUUCCUUUGCUGUGCAAGAGCUUCUAAGUUUGAUUAGGUUCCACUUGUUUAUUUUUGCUUUUACUUCUGUUGCCUUGGGAGACUGACCUGAGAAGACACAGCUAUAAUUCAUGUCAGGUGAAUGUUAUUCGCUUUAACUGUCCCCUAAGGACAUUGUUUACUCUGGCGGCCCCUUGAGAUUCUUCUUGCCCUGGAGCCCUCUUAGGCAGAAGCUGCUGUUACCGUCAGACCCAGCAGUGAGCCCCCACUGCUGCGCUGUGGUCGUGGCCCAUCCUUCCACCUCGAUCUUAAAAUUCACUAUCCAGCCCUUCUGUCCUUGCCUCUUCUACUGACCUCCCAAUAACUGACCCUCCUACGAAGAUCUCAGCGCUUUCUCCCUCCACCAACUCGGGAAUCAAGGAGAUCAGAGAGUUCCCUGGUAGUCAGGUGGUUAGAACUGGCACUUACACCACUGCGGCCCUGGUCUGGGAGCUGAGAUCUCACCUCAAGCAAAAAAAAAAAAAAAAAAAAAAAAAAGUAAAUAAGACUGGAUUUAACGUCCAUCUUCCUGUUCCUUUGUAUAUAUGACUUCCUCAGAAUUGGAAUAUUUACUUCGGAGUUCUCUGCACCUGCUACAAACUUCCAGUCUGAUGGCUUCUGAGCCUUUGUGCCUGUGUUUUUGGUGCCUUGUUCCCAGUGUGUUUCUCUCACCUUGAGGAGGCGGCAGAUGGAGUCAGAAUUUGGGAUGACAAGUGUUUACCGAUCUGCCUACCCUUUCCCUCACCUCCCCCAGCUCCCCUGAGCCAGAGUGUGCUGUGUCACAACCACGUGCAAAGUGCCUGCUGCUUCCUGCAGUAACGGGGUGGCAUCGUGUUUGUGUUCUCUCUCAGUUUCAGUCGCCUGCAUAAAGUCAGGUCGUCACCAGGGGCACCCGUGGAGGGUCCCAUGUUACAGAAUCUGUAUCCUUGAGCUCAAGUCCAUUCUUCUGUUAUGGUAAUUGCACAGUAUUCACUGGGUCAUCUCUUUUUUCUUUGGCCACGUCUGUAGGGAGUGAAAGUGCCCAGGCCAGGGAUCAAACCCAUACCACACCAGCAACCCACCCCUGCAGCAACAACCAGAUCCUUGCCCCAUGGCACCGCAAGGAACUCCUCACCGCUUCAUCUCUGUGUCGGAGAUCUGCGUGCUUGUCACAUUGGCCGAUUCAUGUAGAAGUGGUCACGGACUUCAUUUGUCUCUUUAGAGAGAACCAUUUCGUAAACCCUAACACUAGUGUAGCCGUGUAGGUGUCUUAACCUGACCGUGUAGAUAACAAGAGAAAAUGUAUAAUCCAAAAAAGGACAACACACGAAUGCUUUUCAAGGUCGCUGCCAUAUUACACUGUGACACUGCUCUCUAGGUACAUUUUAUUGUCCCUAUUGUGACAGCCUGGCUGACCCAAGCUGAGCCGAUCAGACUCCCGUCUCCCCCAGAAACUUGCAAAGCAGAGCUGAGAAAGCGCCUCUCUUCAGGGGGCCCCACGAGGACGUGCACCUCUGGGGCAGCCUGGCCGUGUUGUCUCCUCUGCUCGGAGACUGAUCUGCUGGUGGGACCAGAGGACAGAGCGCAGGAGGAGCAGAGCCGACAAUCGGGCCGUUCCCAUGCGCCAGCCCCGGGCCCGAUGUUUCCUCCAGCGCACCUGAAACCCUGAAACCAACCUUCCUCUUUCCUUUAGCAGGAGCUUCCCUUCAGGUGGAGUUUGUUUCUUUCAACCACAUUUUUCCAUCAUUUUGCUCCCUGCCUCGCUGAGUAUUUCACUGGAAACCCCAUAACUACAUAUAGAGUCAGCUGAACUUAGAGGUGGGGUGGCUUUAAGAAAGGGUGAUGUAUUAAAAUACAGGUGUACAAACCUGAAAAUUUAACGGAUAAGUAUUCAUUACCUCGAAACAGUUGUUGGCUCCGCAGAGAUAACUAGAGGAGGUCCUUUAUAUUUUGUCUAGGGCUCUAAAAAUGCUGUUUGAAAACCAACAUGUCCAGUUGUCUGGUGGCUCUCAGCGGGUUAAGGAUCCAGCGUUGUCACUGCUGUGGCGCUGGUUACCGCUGUGGUGUGGGUUCAGUCCUUGGCUGGGGAACUUGGCGUGCCAUGGGUAUGGCCAAAAAAAGAAAGGGAAACAGCAUGUCCACUGCAGUAAAUGAUGACGCAGCUGUCCAGUGGAGUUGCUGUACAGCUAUAACCAGAAACAAUAGCGUGAAUCUGCAUAUGCCAAUAUGGAAAUAUCUCCAGGAAUAUUAUGGGAAAAAACCGAAUCCACCUACAGCACAGUUUUAUCCCUCUGUGCAUGUGCACUUUGACACGCACAUUCUUGUACCUUUUUUUUUUUAAUUUCCAAGAGACAGCAGGGAAAUGCUCACAAAGGUUACCUUUUGAGAGAGGGACUGGGGAAGAAAGGCGGCUUUCACUUUGUAUUUAUCCUUUCCUUUCUAUUCCUGAUUUACGUUUUGAGUCAUGUGGCCUGGUGUGUGUGUUUCAGUGUGUGGUUAGUGAAAUUAUAAGCUUUAUUCUCUCUAAUACAUUUCUGUACUCUACUAAAAAAAAAAAAAAGACACUAAAAAAUGAAUAGAGAAAGCAGAACCGAGAAAAACGAAUAGCAGAACUGAGAGAACGGAACAGCCAUGGCUACGGAAUGGAUGUCAGGAAAUCAGAUUCAGAGCCCAGAACCCCAGAACCGUUCAGGAAUGUGGAGCACCCGGUGCUCUGAGAAUGUGGGGUGAGACGUGGGGCUGGACAUACAGGAAAUGAUGGAAAAUGUACUUUUAAGAUCCCUCCUGGUCAGCCAAUCACCCCUUCCCGCCGAGAGGGAAGCGCUAGCCUGCGGAGAAAGCCAACCAGACAGUUUCCACACCAGGGCCACCAGGAACAGCAACGAGAGGGGACCAAGAGCUGUGCCUCGAACUGAGAAAUUGACGAGUCGGCUAGCGGCCCCCGGCCCCUCCGCCGUGUAGCUGCGGGAGCAGUGGCAGCCAGGCAGGUUUCUGUCCCGGGAAGAACCUUGAAAGGUUGGCCUCCAGAUCCUAAAUGCCCCUCCCCAGAGAAGAGAGCUCCAGGGGCAACAUUUUGCAUUUUCUCAAAAAAAAAAAAAAAAAAAAAAAAAACAAGGCCAUGCCCCUAUCCAGUCACCAUUCAGUGGAACCAUUUCACACGCUCUGCACACAAAGAGCUUCAAACAAAAUUUUGGAUACUUCAGUCUUCAUAUAAAAAAAAGGAAACGAGACACGAGACCCGUGGAGAACACUUGAACAGGAAAGGCAAAACUGCAACCAGGAAAAAGAAAAAGAGGAAGCCGAACAACACAGAAAACAACAGUGGAAAACGCCCCCCAAAACCUAGAAUAUCUAGAGAGGGAAAAAAAAAAUUUGAGUAAUGAAACCUAAACAAGACCCUUUUAAAAGCAACCAUCACAGAAAAGAAAGAACUUCUGGAAUUUUAAGAUACAGUAAAUUUUUUAGCCCAUAAAGUAAUUGGAAGAUAAACUUGAGAAAGGCUCCCAAGAUGUAGAAUGAAAAGAAAUGGAAAAGAUGAGAGAAAAAGUAAAGUUAGAAAAAGCAAUUAAUCCAACAUCCGCCUAACAGGAGUUUCAAAAAGAAAGCAAUCAAGAGGCAGAGAAAAUCAUCAGCGGGCACAGGACGUCUUCUGCCGCCAAAGGAGACGCGUUUUCAGACCGAAGGGACCCACCAAAUGCCCGGUGAUGGAAAACAGGUUCCUACCCAGGCAUAUCAUCAUGAAAUAGCAAAACCCUCAGGACGUGAAGAAGAUGCUCAAAGCUUCCAAAGGAAAAACAAGUCACUUACAAAGAAUAGGGAUAAUGGCCUCAGAAACACGGAGGAGCCGAAAGACAAUGGGAGCUGCCUUCAGAUUAUGAGAGAAAAGUAUCUUCAGUCGCAAAGCACAAGCCUAGCCAAAUUAUUCAUCAAGUGCAGUGGCUCAGUGGACAUGUCCAGAUUAGGCAUAUAUCUCAAGAAAUACUCCUGCCCUGCACCCACUCUCAGGAAGCCACGGGAGGAUGUACCCCAUUAAAACAAGGAAAUAAGCCAAGGAAAAGUAAGUCACAAAAUUCAGUAAACGGGAAGUCUGGCCCGGGGGAUAGGCGGAGGGCUGCCUCAGGACAGUGGCGCUGCGGAGCCUCAGCUAAGCUAGGUCCCACGGAGGGCGGAAGGUAUAGGGCGAGUCUCUUCGGUGUAAUAAAACCUCAAAACCUCAGCUAUCUGUCAUGUCCGUGGGCCUUCCUGUUGGCUGGAGUUCGGUUCACACAGCUGCACUCGGCUGGGCUUGGUCCAGACCGAGGUCUGGGUUCAGGUCUUCCCUGCGUUUCUAGUUCUCCUUGAACCAUCAGCUGUCAAACCAUGACCUCGUCCUGGUGGAUCGCAAAAGCUCAAGAAAGAAGCCAGGAUGCACAAGCACAUUGAAACCUGCUGUCUCUCACGGCCACUGAUAUUCUUGAGCCAAAGCGAGUCACUGGGCUGAGCUCGGCAACCAUAGGGAAGGAAGACACAUCCCCCCAGUCCAGGGAGGGAGGCUACAGAGUCACAUGGCAGAAAGCAGGGGCAUAUGCUUCUCUCCCAGCAGGAAGGUGAAGCACUGGGAAGAGUAGUCCAGUCCAUCCCAGAAAGCUCCAGGAGCAACGUCUCCAGGAAAAAAAAAAAAACCAAUGGGACUGACGGAAGGCUUGACGUGUGUGACUCCGUAGAAAAGAGCCAUGGUUCCUUAGGAGAGUGAGAGGGAUAGAGGCUUAGGAAACCAAGCAAAUGAAAAAUAGGCAAUUUCUACUUCUAGGAAAAGCAAAAAUUCAUACAAGGAAAUUAACCAUGAUCCGUAUAGGAUACAUACGUGACUCGGACAUAAAGUCCAGCAAAAUGCUGACAUGACUAAAAUUUGUUUACAACUACAGUGUUUCAUGGGUUCCAAGAUGUGCCUGUUAUCAAACUGGGACCUAAACAUCUGAAAUCAAGAUCCAUCACAGGCAGGCAGUGGUUGUGACAUAAGUGCCAUUGCCAUGUGCAAACAUGAUUGUCACUUCUAGGGGCAUGACCGGAGGAGAGUGGCCGCUCCUGGACGUAUCAGUCCCCAAGCCAUUCCAGUAUCAUCUGAGGAAGCAGUCCAAGUCCAGGUGUGGUCUAAGAAGUUUUACUUAUACCUUCUGGGAAAAGCAGGAAAGUGCCCGUAUGAAAACUUGCAGAAGGCAUGCGAAUGGCUUGGCAGGCAGUUCCACUGAUGACAGUAGAUCCCUCUUUUUCAAAUGCUGUAUCACCCAUCCUCUUGACGGUUCAGUGUAUGGUACUGUGUUAAAAUAAUUACAUGUGUGCAUUGACAGCUUUGAGGCAAACGUGGUUCAGAAAAUGAGAUUCCGAAUAUAAGGAAGUUUUAGAAAUUCUGGAACCAAUUUAUUUGCUUAUAUAUUUUUUAUUGCUUGCAGUCACAGAAGUAAUGAAUUAUGCGUCGAGAGGCUAAAGGAUCUCUUUCAAGAAAUAGAAAAAUUCUAAGUGAAAAGGCAUUCAGGUUAUUUUGGUUCUUUUUUCUGUUUUAGUGGUCUGUGAAGGUGUGGCUUAUAAUCAGUGAGGUCUCAGAUGCAGUGCAGCAUGGCACACUGGGAUCCUGGAGGGAGACACCCCAGGGACUUGGGGGGUAUGAUGGGAAUUCUUCGUACCAGGAAGCCAAUAGUCUAAAAUCAGUAAAUCAAGAAAUCACAGGGUAGGGAGUUCCCUGGCGGCCUAGCAGCUAAAGGUCCAGUGUUUUCACUGCUGUGGCUCAGGUUGGAUCCCCAGCCUAGAAACUUUGGCAUGCCGCAGGUGUGGCCAAAAAUAAAGAAAGAAAGAAAUCACAGGGUAAACGUUAAGCUGAGAGAAGACAUUGCCUGAGGUUAAAUCCCAGCUCUGCCUGUUGCUAACCCUGUGACUACUCAAUUCCCCAACCCCUCUGUGACUCGGUUUUUCUCAUCUCUAAAGUAGGAAUAGAAAUAGCGCCUACAGUAUAAAGUACUUACAGGGUCAGAUCAGACAGUGCAGGCAAAGCGCUUGGGACAGAGCCUGACGCACAGUAAAGGUUAUAGCUAAACCGGGUAUUUCUCUAAGUGGCUGGCAGUCGGUACCAAAAGGAACAACUGAAAUGGUUUGGAGCGUGGGAUCUGAGUUCCUGGGAUAAAGGGAGGAGAGAAGAGGACUGGUGCUUUUCAUUACAUCUUGAUUGUUUUUUAAUUCUCUACCUUUAGCUUGAUAAAGUAUUAAAAAUACACAUGUAAAUGAUGGUAGACCAGAACGUACACUGCAAAACCAUAAAACCGGAUAACAGAAGGUAGACGAUAACAGAGGAGAAAACCGAGGUGACCUUGGCUUUGGCAACGCCUGUUUGCAUCCAACACCGAAAGCACAACCCAUGAAAGGAAAAACAGAUAAGUGGACUUCAUUAAAAUUAAGAAGUUCUGUUCUGCAAAAACAGUGUGAAGAGAAUGAAAGGACAAGCCACAGCUUGGGAGAAAAUCUUUGCAAAACACACACCCGACUAGUAUCUGAAAUACUCAAAGAACCUGUAACACCCAACAAUAAGAAAACAACCUGAUUUUUAAAGAGGUGAAAUAUCUGAACAGACGCUUCACCAAAGAUGAUAUACUGAUAGCAAACAAGCACAUGAAAUAAGCUUAUCAGGAGUUCCCGUCGUGGCGCGGUGGUUAACGAAUCCGACUAGGAACCAUGAGGUUGCGGGUUCGGUCCCUGCCCUUGCUCAGUGGGUUGACGAUCCGCCGUUGCCGUGAGCUGUGGUGUAGGUUGCAGACGUGGCUCGGAUCCCGCGUUGCUGUGGCUCUGGCGUAGGCCGGUGGCUACAGCUCCAAUUAGACCCCUAGCCUGGGAAUCUCCAUAUGCCGCGGGAGCGGCCCAAGAAAUGGCAACAACAACAACAACAAAAGACAAAAAGACAAAAAAAAAAAAAAGUUAUCAGAGAAUUUCAAAGUAAAACAAUGAGCUACCACUACAACACGUGUUCUAAAAUGACUCAAAUCCCAACCACUGAUGACACCAACUCACCGAGACGAGCAGAGUACCCGGUAUUCCGGCCACUUAGGUUUUACCAGCACGUUGUCGUACUCGCCGUGGACCAGGAGGAUGUCUUCUGCGAUGUGAAAGUGAUCAGAGUCCUGCAGACUAAAUUCUGGCCCAGAGGCAAAGCUCACGUGGUCCUGAAACAACACAGUGAAGUCGUACUUCUGCCCUUGGCCGCCUUCGCUUAUGGAAAUAGGAAAGCACUUGCUAGUUAAUGACUUUCUUACAGGUGGCAGAGGCUCUGUAAUUUUGCUCUAGUAAAGAAACCGGAUCGGGAAGAGCAGGACAGUUGGCGCCAUCACCUGUCUUAACCUUUCAGCAAAUCCGCUGUUAUUCUCCAAGGUCCUUCUGACGUCCGCUUGAGCCAGAGAGUAUAAGCUAAGGGUCUCAGGAACAGGAAUGACCACCUCUGAACUGUCAGGUCUUCGAUGGUUACCGAGUCUUGCAUGUCCCCCCAGCAACGCAUUACUGCUCUUUGUUUAUAAUUUUGGUGGGAAGGAAGCCGUUCAGGCCUUCCUUUCAGCCAGAGUAGCUGUAUUCCCUGGAUCAGAGAAACUCAUUCUGCCGCUUGCUGACUAUCCCUAGUCUGUGCUCUGGAACAAGAGAUCACAGAGAAAAGGCUUCAAGGACUGGACUGACGGUGAAGGAGAACAGAGUCAAGUCAGUUUAUCACUUGACUCCGAAGCCUCCCCUUUGAACCGUGGACCGCUGUGCCAGUGACAGCCCUGCUCAGCGUUAGAGCCAGUGGCAGCACUCCCAGCCUCAGUCACUCCAUCCAUUCCCUAGGUCUGCCCAGACAAGGUACCACUAACUGGGUGACUUAACAGAAAUGUAUGCUCUUGUGGUUUUGGAGAAGAGAAGUCCAAAGUCAAAGUGUUGACAGGGCUGGUUCGGUCUGAGGCUCUGAGGGCAUCUAGUCUGUGCCGCUCUCCCAGCUCCUGGAGGUUACCAGCAGCCCUUGGCCUUCCUCUGCUUGCAGUCACAUCACUCCCACCUCUGCUUGCAGCCGCGUGUGGUGCUCUCUCUGUGUGUCUCUGCCCCAUUUCCCCCUUCGUACAAGGUCAUCAGUCACUGGAUCAGGGCCACACUAUCCCCAUGUGACCUCAUCUUAAACCUUUACAUCUGCCGGCCUGCGGCAACCAACUGCCGCAGCACUUUCCAAAGAUGCCAUCACUCCCUCUAAAUGUAUGUCUCAGCACCUUGGUGAUGACAGUGUCAUCUGAGUCCUCUUAGAGGAUGGAAUUGGGGGUAGAUGAUGUUGACCUAGAAGGAGAGGUUUAUAAACCAGCAUUCCCAUCUCCCUAAGCAUUUGGAGUCUUUCUUCUUCAUUGUACCAAAGGAUUCUUGGCACCUCAAUUUCAUUUAACGUCUUCAGUGAAUCCAGGUGUUAGUCAACCAACUAGAAAAGCAAGUCCAUUGUACAGCCGCCAGGAUGGAAAAGCUUAAAAAAGACACUCUCUGACAUUGAAGAGGAGCAGCAACCAGAAUUCAGAUAUGUGAUUGGUGAGAGUGUAAAAUGGCACAACCACUUUAGGAAAAGAUCUGAAAAUGUCUUAGAAAACUAAAUAUACAUCUAUCCUAUAACCCCACAAUUCCGUUUCAAGAGAAAUGGAAACACACACACAAAGACUUGUACAUAAAUGCCCAUAAUAGCCCUACCAUAACUGUCCAAACGAGUGAUAACCUAUGUGUCCAUCAAAAGAGAAUGGCCAGACAAGUUAGGUAUUAUGUUAGUGUGUCGUUGCUGUGUAACACAUAAUUCCACCCUUGGCAGCUCAAAAUGACCUUGAUUUCAGCUCGCAGUCCUGUAAUUCAAAGUCUGGCACAGUUCUCAUCUGCUCAGAACAUGGCUGGGUUAUCACCUGCCCAGGACCUCACAGUGUUGGCUGAGCUGAAUUCAGGUCCCUGUGACUUGAGGACUGAGGUCCUCUUUUCUUACUUGCUGUCGGCUCAGCUCCUAGGCAUCACCUGUAUUCUUUGCAAUGUGGCCCCUCCUUCCAACAAUGAAGCGUCUUCCCCCUGCUGAGUAUCUGUCAUGCCUCAAAUCUCUCUGCCUUCACUGUUUAAGACCUCUGGACCCAAGUGUAAAAGUGUCAUGUCACUAGGUCAGAUCCACCCGGAUAAUCCCCCCUUUAAAAGUCGAGUGUGCGAUAUGAUGUCACGUGACCAUGGGAGUGCUGCGCCAUCGUAUGCACAGCCCUGGGCAUGGCACAGGCCACGUGCACCAGGAGGCAGGAAUCCUGGGUGACAUCUUAGAACUCUGCUUCCACAGGUGUAUUCUUUCAGUGAAGCACUCCUCCGCGAUAAAAAGUAGUGAAAUGAACUGCUGAUACACACAGGGACUAAUACCAAAAAUACCACGCUGUGUAAAAAAGGCGUCCAUAACGAGUACUCAGAGGAAUUCAAGAGCAGACCACGUUAAUCUGUAGUGGAAAAGAAUCUGAAGAGUGGUUGCCUCUGAGGGAGGAGGCUUGGGAUCGGUUGGGAAGAGGCCUGGAAGAACGUUCUGGGAUGGAGGGGGGGUUAGACGACACAGAUGUUGGCCUGCGUCAAACCCGAUGAAGGGUACACCUUGCUUUAUGCAUUUAUCUAUGUGAAAAAUGUAGUACUUUUCUCUACUUGAUGAUAAGCAUGCUGAGGUGUUAAGGGCCAAGUGUAUGGAUGUCGGCAACUUACUGUGAACGCAUCAAAAAAUGCAGGGGGUUGACAGAUGGAGAGAUGGACGGAUAUGUGAUAAAGUGAGUAUGAUAAGAUGCUAGACUCCAGGAAAAAUUAACUCAUCUUUUUUUUUUUUUUUUUUUUUCUUUUUUAAGGCAAUUAGAACUCCUAGCCCUUAUAAUCAGCACAUGGAAUCCAGGCUCUCUGGCAGCUGCACCCAUAUUGGUCGGUCCAGCCUACUUUUAAAUCGUGGUCCUCCUCCUUAGUCCAGCACCUUCAGAAUCCAUUCCCGUCUAUAUUUGCCAGACUUGAUUGAUAAACAUUUGAAAAAUCUUUUCAUUCUUUUACCAGGAAGGCCUUCUCGUGAAUGCGGCCUUGUAUCUGCCCCGAUGCAUGCUGGGGCCUGAUUCUGGCACUGAGUGUGGCGAGAGUUAAGUCAGUGGGAAGGAGGGGGGAGACUUGGCUUCCUCCUGUCCCCCCCACAUGGGCGUCUACACACGGUCUUGAAACAAGAGCGAAGCCACCUCACUGACAGGCAGAGGGCGCUCUCAUCUCUGGCUCUUUCCAGGGGGAGGCUGGGGUUGUACCCGAUCCCGUUGCCUGCUGGGGUAGACAGCUUUCACCUUGACGCCCAGAGACCCUGCCUCCUGGUGCUCACGCUCUCGUGUGACCCCCUCUCUCUGAGUGUGAGCAGCAGGACAGAGUAACCUGCUUCUAAGGAAAAGAAAGGGCAAAAGUGUCAGAAUGUCAUGUCUAAGGUUAGGUUAUAAAAGCCUGACCUCAGCCUCGCUGGCAUUCUCCCUGGCUCUUCUUACCUGCUCGCCCUGAUGGAGAAGCCCGUGUGGUGGGGAACAGAGGGCAACCUCCGACCAGCAUCCGGUACAGACUGAGCCCUGCCGUCCAGCAGCCCUCGAGGAACUGAGUCCCAACAGCAGCCACGUGAGUGAGCUUGGAAGCUAGCGCUGCUCAGUCAAGCCUUCAUGUGAGACUGCAGAUCUGGCACCUUGCUUGCAGCCUUGGGAGCAGCCCUGGAGCAGAAGACUCAGGUAAGCCAUGCCCGGAUGCCUGACCCAUAGAAACUGUGAGUUAACAAUCGUGUGUCGUUUUCAUGUAGUAAGUUUGGGGUCACUUGUAAUGCAGCAAUAGAUAACUAAUACACAGCAACAGAGACUCUAUUUUAUUUGGGACACUAAUGUGCCCGGCUAAAAUCAUGGCUUUCCUAACCUCUUAUUAAGUCUGAUAUGACAUAUGACUAAGUUCAGGCAGAAAAGGAGUAAGCAGACGUGUUGCAUGGAACUUCUGGAAGGUUCCCUUUAGGGAGAUAUCCCACUGAGAGAUGCACUUUUUCUUUUCCUUCUUCUUCAUUCUUGCCGCCUAGGAUGUGGAUGUGAUGGCUGGAACUCCAGCAGCCAUCUCAGGACACAAAGUAACUUUGAGGUUAGAAAUCACACUCUAGGAGAAAGACUCUAAGUCCCAUGGAGCAGCCACACCAGCACUGGACUCCUAACCCUCAGGCUUAGUUUAAGUGAAGAAGAAAUCAUCUAGUAUUUCAUUUACACUGUUAUUAUCUUGGAAUUGCCCUCACGUGCAUCCAACCUAACCGUAACUCAUAGAGGGCUCAGGGCUUUCUUAGCCCCUCCAACUUCUCUCCAUUGUCACCAUCCCACCAUGUCCGUCUUCCAAACAAUUCUCGACCUUCCACACAGGAGCAACCUUUGAGUUUGAUUCCCCCCUUUCUCAUUCUCUCUUUAAGCUUCCCACCUCCUCCUCCCUCUUUACUGGCUGCUGACAGUGCCCCAGGUCUGGGCUCUCAGAGGACGCUUCCUUCCAGAUGCCACUGAUAAGAAGCCGCGCUGUCUCUGGGCUUCUGUUGCCUUUAGUCCCCACCAAGCCACACAACGAUUCCCAGAUUCCAGCCAGUUCCCCGAGAGUCCGAAGCCCAUAGCCAGCCUAGUACCAAUUCCUUUAUCAUCCGUCUCCGGUUACAAGCAACAGAAACUAACUGCAUCUCAGUUAAGCAAAACAGCUUUUCUUGUUUUAUAUAUUACAUUGAUAAAAUAUAUUAGAUAUCUCAGCGGGUUACUGAAAUGACCUGGAGGACCAAGCACAGAGCCGCACAAUUAGACACAGGGCCCCAAAUUAAGCUGCACUGUUGUCUCCAUGAGAACAGCCCGCCACCACUGCCCCUUGCACAGCUGACGUGGUUGGUGCUGAACCCUCAGUGCCGCCUGAAACAAGACAUCAGGGGCCCUGCUGCCCUUAGAACGAGAUCUUGCCGCAACCCCACUGGCCCUGGAGAAAAGCCUCACUUCCUUAGUCACACACUCCUCAGCUUAGUCCGUGGUCCAGGUACAGGGGGCGCUGAGAAAAGGCCAGUGUCUGCACCCUGGCUGUACCGGGAGCGCAGAGGGCGAGUUUCUGGCAUCUCUUAGGUGGGGAAUUCCCCCAACUUAGUGGUUUCUGGUGCCAGAUGUCAAGGAAAAAAAGGAAAGAAAAAAAAAAUGCCAACCCCUUCCUGCUGUCAGGCCAGGCCACCAGAAGGACCUGGAGAUUCCGACUUCCCUAAUUCCCCCAGAUGUUCCCAUUCUGCCUGUCAGACCUGCACUCCCGUCUCCUAAUCAAGGCACCUGCUCUAGAGUGUGACAGAGACCCUGACUCAGGCCCAUCUGCCAAUCACCCGACUGUCACUGCUGGCCACAGGCAGAGGCGUCCUUAGCUGAGUUACAGCUUGGAAUUUCCUGGUGCUGCCUUGGGUUAAGGCUCCACUACUGUCACUGCCGUGACUCUUGUCGAGGCUGUGCUGGGUUCGAUCCCCGGCCUGGGAAUUUCCAAGUGCUGUGGGUGCAGCUCCCCCUCAAAAAAAAAAAAAAAAAAAAAAAAGACGGAGUUACAAAUUGUCAUGCUGCUCCUUAUCUGCUUGUCCCCUUGAAGCACCUUCCCAGGUUUGCCAAAUAUAAAUUCUUUUACCAACAUUUUACCAUUUUUCCACUUAAUCCAGUAUUUGACCCCUUUUCUAUUUACCCUCAGACGUUGCACUCAGGGCAGUGGGGACAGUUGAGGUCAAAUCCUAAGAGACAACAUGCAGUGGUUUUCCCAGGGAUUUCAUUGUCCCCUGCCAAGGACCUCUCAUUCCCAGGCUCAGAAGGGAGGCUUCUCACUGCCUCCCAUCCCCUCAACAGGUCAGUUCCGUUUAUCAGGGCCUGCCCUUGGCAUCACUGCAUACCUUCCACCUGUUUUUUUUUAUUUGAACCUCUUUUUUUUGGAAGUGACAGAAACCCAGCUUGAAAUUGAUGAAACAUAAAGAACGUGUUGGCUAAUGACAUCCAGUCAAGGGCUGAACAACUACUCUGCCAAAAGAGUAAGGCUGUCUCCGGAAUAACUGGAACUAGGCUCUCAAAGUCCAACGUGGUUCUCUAUAUAUGUGGUUUCAACGUCUUAUUUAUUCUUUCUUCGUUGCGACCACUUUCCUUCUUUCAUGCCGGGACAUGGCUGUAAACAUUUCCUGCGUUUUAUAGCUGUCACCAUUCAGAAGAGAAUGAUGUGUUUCUCAAUUCAAAUCAGAAAAAAAAAAAAAAGGAUGAGAAAGGGUUUUAUUGACACAUCUUCAAACAGGCACCCACACCUGGACCAGUUAUGGCCGAGAGUAGGAUCAGGUAAGAAUAGGGGUUCCGGGGGCAGCUGCUCUGUGGAUGGGGGAGACAGCACCCAAGAAAAGAGUUGUGCCGGGCUUACCACACCACCCGUGAGGACUGUCCUCCACGGCAGCCCUCAGGUGGGUCCCUUUCCAUGCACAGAAGCUUAAAUAAGCUUGUCACCGAUGGCAUGGUUGGUGGGAUCAAACCACUUUUUUAAAAAGUGUCAACUGGUCUCACCCUCUGUGUGCCAGACUCAUGCACAAACAAAACAUUCUAAGGAGAACCUCCCUAUAAAUAAUAGGCGUUCUCUGGUGCUCAGCGGAUUAAGGAUCCAGUGUUGUCACUGCUGUGGUGCAGGUUUGGUUGCUGGCCCAGGAACUUCUGCGUGCCAGGGCGUGGCCACAUAAGGAAGACACUCCACCCCACCCCACCCCCUGCCACCAGGCAUCAGCUUCUCCAUCGGCAGAAACUAAGGGGCAGGCUGCGGAUCUCUGCAGGGCCCUGAGAUGUUCUGAUCUCUUGAGGCAGAGGCGACGCUGCAGUGCGAGGACAGGGGUCCAUUUCCACAUGGUUAUAGGUGAGAAAGCUGAGGCCCCAGAGAGGCUGAGGAACUUACCUUAAGUCACCCAGCUUGGAGGUGGCAGUGCCGGAGCUGGAAUGCAGCAGUCAGGCUCCAGAAUGUCAUCUGUUAUGGAAGUGAAGACGCCGUGCUCAGCGAGGGGGCUUCCCAGCAGGACUGCUGCGACAUCGUUUCAGGUAUGGGGAGACCUGGGAUGCGCCCGGCACCGUGGAAGGGCUGGGAGAAAGUGAUCCACGGGAGCAUACAGUGCUGCCCUGAGACCUUGCACUUGACUGCAAAGCUCAACAAGGUGAGUCACCCAAGGAGGGGGAGGCACUGUGGAAUGCUGGUCGAAGGCUAUCAGGGAGGGCUUCCGGGAAGCGGUGAUCUCCAAGCCAAGACCCAGUGGACAAACCAGCUUUGGAUUUGUGUGUGUGUGUCUGUGUGUGUCUGAGUGAGGAGGAGUGUGGUGGGGCAGAGACUGGAAUGAACAUCGCAGCCAGAGACACAAGCGCUCGGGACUAAAAGAUGAGUGUGCGCGGCUGCACAGACACCCACGGUGCGGGAGGCCGGCUGCAGCCCUGGCCUGGAGGAUGCUGCGGUUCACCGUGAGGACUUGGCUUUGAUCCAGAGGGCGGCGGAGCGCCAUGGGAAGGCCGAGGAGGGGCGCGAUGGCACCGGUGGUUUCCCAGCACUAAGGUCCCUGGGGCCCCCUGCAGAGAAAAUGUCCAGGCGGCGAGAUCCACCUCCCACGCCAGCGCAGAGAAUUGUGGAAUCGGUUUUGGGGUCCGUUUUAGACGUUGAGACCUAAAAAGGAAUUUAAGAAAAUGCCUCUAACAACCCCACCCCACCCCCCGACAAAGAGUCGUUCCAGAAAUGGGGGCUAGGUGGUCCUGGCGUCAAGCCAAGAAUGAGUGGCCAGGGCACCUGAGGGUGGGCACGUGCUGCUAAGCUGGGGGAGGGCGUCUCGGAGCCCUUCUCUCUGCCCCCAAGGACGCUGGCAGGUAACAAGAGGGUACCCGCUCUGCUGCCCUCUUGCCGGGUCUCCACUCCUGCAUCUGCAGGACCUGCCCGGGAGGGACGGAGAGGCUGGGGGCAGGCUGGGGAAGCCGCCCGCUCCACCUCCGGAGCGCUGCGGGGGUGCAAGAGUUCUCGGUUCUGUUCUCCUGGAAAGGCCUCCGUGUCCUGUGGUCCCACAGGGUGGAGGCCAGUGGCUCCGUCCACAGAGCACAGCUCACCUACUCUGCACUGGGGGUGUCGGGGACCAGAGGGUCACACCGGGGAGCAGUGGCGAGAGGGACUGCGCUGGGGGACCUGGGAGAGGGGAGAGGCAGGCCAGGCCUUGAAGGUGCAGAGCAGGUCUCUCGGCCUUCAGGUCAGGUCAGGAUGGAGGCACGCCGCCCCCUCCGCUGCUUCCAGAGGAGCCGCCACUGUGAUUCUUCUGCCCGCUGUUCUCAGCUCCCCAAAGCCUCUCUCUCCCUGCCCUCAGCUCCUGUUCUUCCACUGCGACCGUCGCUGGCCUGGUCUCCCUGAGACUGACCCUCCGUAUGUGUCUGGGUCACCGUCACUGCCCUGUUUUGGUCGUCUGUCCCUUGCUCUCCGCGGCAGUCCCUGUCUCCAUCCACGCCUCGCCCCUCCGCCGUCUCCCCACGCCGCCUCCCUGGCUCUCCUCUCUGAGCUUUGUCUUCUCUGUCUCUGCCUGGUCCCCACCUCCAUCCCUGCCUUCCUCUGUACAUGUCUACCUUUGUCACCACCUCGGUCCCUGCCUCUGUCUUGCCCCCACCCCCGUCUCCCGUCUCUCUCUCACCCCUGCUCCAUCGUGUACCUGGAUCUCUCUUGUCCCUUUCUCCAUCUUUCUCCAGCGCUGACUCUGUCCCUGUCUCUCCCUGCCUCCCUCUCUGUCUCCUCUCUUCAUCCACAUCCUCUGUCCCCAUCCCAGGCUCCGUCUCUUCCUCGUCCUUGUCUCCAUUCCCCCUCCUGGGCGGCCUCCGUGGUCCCCUCCGGGAUGGGACCUCGCUGGGGGCGGGGCCGAGGGGCUGGAUCGGAAUAACUCGGUUAUCGGGACGAAUUGAAUUAACUUCUUCACAUGAGCGCCGCCGGGCCUGUCUCCCCUCCCUUCUGCGGGGCCGCAGGUGGGGAGGCCAGGGAGAGGGGUCGGGACCCUACCGCCUGGCACGCUGCGUAGAGACUGAAGGUCUGGUCUGGAUUGGGGCGGGAUGGGGACUCUCGGGACGGAACCUCGCGCAGCCCGCCCUGCACCUCCUGAGCCCUAAGAGGGCGGUGGCGACCCUUUGGGGUGGGGGUCGGGGACGGUCGGGGGGCGGGGCCUUGGCCGUCUAGGCCCCGCCCCUUCGAGCCCGCCCCGCCCCGCCCCCUCCGCGGGGUCCUGCGCGUUAAAAGGCGCGCGGGCCGGGCAGGGCUGCACUUGCGCUGCACCAGGGCGGAGCGCGGCCGCGACGGGGCGGGCGGGCUUGCGGGCGCUCGGAGCUGGCCUCGAGUCCUCGGCGCCUGGCACUCCACCCCCCAUCCUGACCCCCACCCGCUCGGGACCCCGACUCCGACCCGGCCCGGCCCGGCCCCCGCCCCCGCCCCCCGGGCCGAUGGACUACUCCUACCUCAAUUCGUACGACUCGUGCGUGGCGGCCAUGGAGGCGUCCGCCUACGGCGACUUCGGCGCCUGCAGCCAGCCCGGCGGCUUCCAGUACAGCCCCCUGCGGCCCGCCUUCCCCGCGGCCGGGCCUCCCUGCCCAGCGCUCGGCUCCUCCAACUGCGCGCUUGGCGCCCUACGCGACCACCAGCCCGCGCCCUACUCGGCAGUGCCCUACAAGUUCUUCCCGGAGCCGUCGGGCCUGCACGAGAAGCGCAAGCAGCGGCGCAUCCGCACCACGUUCACCAGCGCGCAGCUGAAGGAGCUGGAGCGCGUCUUCGCCGAGACGCACUACCCCGACAUCUACACCCGCGAGGAGCUGGCGCUCAAGAUCGACCUCACGGAGGCUCGUGUGCAGGUCUGGUUCCAGAACCGCCGGGCCAAGUUCCGCAAACAGGAGCGCGCGGCCAGCGCCAAGGGUGCGGCGGGCGCGGCGGGCGCCAAAAAGGGUGAGGCUCGCUGCUCGUCCGAGGACGACGACUCCAAGGAGUCCACGUGCAGCCCCACGCCCGACAGCACCGCGUCGCUGCCGCCGCCGCCGCCGCCCGCGCCGGGCCUCGCCAGCCCGCGCCUGAGCCCCAGCCCGCUGCCCGCCGCCUUGGGCUCGGGGCCGGGACCCGGGCCGGGGCCACAGCCGCUCAAGGGGCCCUUGUGGGCCGGCGUGGCGGGCGGUGGGGGUGGCGGGCCGGGCGCGGGCGCGGCCGAGCUGCUCAAGGCCUGGCAGCCGGCGGAGCCCGGGCCCGGGCCCUUCUCGGGGGUCCUGUCCUCCUUCCACCGGAAGCCCGGCCCCGCGCUGAAGACCAAUCUCUUCUAGCUGCCGGCCCCUGGAGGCUCGGGGCCUGCCCUCCAGACCCGCCAGAGUCCCUCCCCCACCGGGCCACCUGCCUGGCGUCCCCGCCGGUCCCCCCUCCUCCCCACGGCGUCUGACCCUACGUGGGCUCUCCCCAGCUGUGAAAACCAGGUGGGAGCCACCCAUCCUCACGCACCCCCCGCCCAGCAGAGCCAGGUACUUUUCACUGGGGUGCCCUCGGAGAGCAGGGAGCCCCCUCUAGCUUGGCUUUCUUUGGAACCGGGAUCCAGGAACGCCUGUCCCUGACACGGGGCGAGAGGCGAAUCCCCACGCAGGAACAGCCUGGCUUCCUCCCCCAGCUCUGCAGCCCGCUAGGUCACUCCUCACCUUGGUGACCCGCCCGCUGACCGGACCCAGGCAGAGGCUGCCAGCACUGGCAUAACGAGUGGCCUGAAGGGUCCACGGCCAAUUUGUCCCUCAGAUGUGUCCCCGUCCAUCCCCAGG